UACAUAAGAUGAAAAUGAGCUAGUGGAAUUAAUUACAGUCCCUUUCUCUCUUGAAAAUCAACUCUAUCUAUCCAUUCCCACACUACACUCCCUCUCUUGGCGCCACGCCAUGGCCAAACCAGGCGGUUUUCAACUAUUCGUGAAGAAUUACUUAGGAGAUCGCUACAAUGAGUUCAAUUCUGCUUAUGGUGAAACCGUUAGCGACAUCUUUGGUAUCCCUUUCAAGAUUCUCUUCGCUCCUUUAACUCUCGCUUUCGACAUUGCCGGUUCUGCUCCUCGUGGUUUUGGUGUUCCUGAACUUAUUUCUAAGUUCUCUGCUGCUUCUGUUUUCGCUGUUGCUACUUUGGGGACUUAUGAUAUUGCAUUAAACUUGGGAAGGAAGGUGAUAUGUCAAAGGAACUGUGGAACGUGUAAUGGAUGGCAGGCCUUGCGGUGUACCAUGUGUCGAGGAAGUGGAAGGGUGCACUAUCAAGUGAAGAAUUGCACUUUGAAGAGUGGAGAGAAAGCGACUGCUGAAUCUGUUGCAGAUGCCAUUGUCAACAACCGGGCUGAGUUAGUGCAUUUACCAUCCUCCUUGGAUCUUCAGAUACCAUUACCAUCAAAAGACUGUCCGACUUGUGAUGGAACGGGUGUAAUGGGCUGUACCGAAUGCAAAAACAAAUUGCAACUCAGGAUUUCAGCAGAUGGUAUUAUGGAGCCCCCAUGGCAAGCUUAUAGUGUCUUGGAAAAGAUGGAUUAUCCAUAUGAGCACAUAAGGCACAGCAUGAAAGAUCCCAGUAUUGCUGCGUUUUGGUUGAUUACCUUUCCACAGAUUAUGGGUGGAUUUACCUAUGGCGAUAAUGCAAAGCAAGCAAUAUGGUCACAGUAUAAGGAAUCCAGGCGGUAUGAUCAACUCCGAGAUGAGGUGGCCAAGAGGAAACCAGGGUGGGAGUAUCUGCAGAAUGCUUUGAUAUCUAUAGAUCCUGACCGAGCAAGGGAUGAUCCUGUCAUUGUAAAAAAUGUCCCUUACUAUAAGGCUAAGAAGGCACUGGAAGCAGAUGUUAUGAAGCUCGAUCCUCCACCAAGACCAUCAAAUUGGGGUGAGCUGGACCUUCCAUUGAGUUCAUCAUCUUGGGGCGAGGAGGAUCUCAAAGAUCCAGAAAAAUUCCACGAAAUGACUGUGCUUCUCAAUGCUCAAAGGGAAAUCUCUGAAAAGAUAUUGGAUGCACAGUGGGAGACUAAAUGGCGUCAAGAAAAGAUGAAUGAGAUGUUGGAGGAAAAGAUGCAGCCAUACAUUCAAAAUAUUGACAAAGAAGUUCUUUCUGAGCCUAUUUUAUUAAAACCAAAAAAGCAAGAUAAGAAUCGUCGGAGGUGGUGGUUCUUUUGACAUGGUGGGAAUGAAUGCUUUAUUUGUCAGAACAUCCAUGUAAUCCUAAUUUUGAUUUUUACAAUCUAUAACCUUACAUAUUAUUGUAUUUUUUUCUCUCUUCUUAAUUGAUUUGCCUGUUCUAUCUUUACUCCUUGGCUUUCUGGAUGCCGUGAUGCAGCACGCAUCAUCAAGCGCAUAUGUUGCGCCUAUCUGUCGUGAUCAUCAUUUUGUGGAGGAAACAAUUGUUGGUUACUCAAGAAAUACACAACAAAAACCUGCUUGCACCCGAACCUAUUCAUUUUCCAGGGUUUUUUUUAUGGUUUUAUCUCAUGAUAUAAUUAAUAUAAGCGUUUAUGUUAGUAUUUAGAUAUACUUAGAAAAGUAGCUUAUGCCAUUAUAAGUUUUUGGGUUAUUUCAAUAAAUUUUCCGUGAUAGUUUAAGAAUGUGUGCUUGGAAGUGUUUAUUCACAACUAUCUGAGUUUAUCUUAAAGACACAAGGACUUGUAGCUGUAUUUGAGGGAAUUUGUACUGAACGUAUGAGGCAUUGUUAAUAUAAUCUCUGAAUGAAUAGAAAAUUUAAAUA